UCUGAUUGUUCCUUGGACCCUUUUAGAGAAGAUGGUGGCUCUGUGCCAGUGUAUCUGCCAGCCAAGGCCACAGAGGAGGUGUUAUGGACACGGUGUGCUCUGGCUCCCUUCUGCCUGGAACACCGAGAAACCACGCAGGGUCUGCUCACAGCACAUGAGGAAGACAGUGACUUAAACAUUCUUCUCCCCUAAUCAAGCUUAAGAUUAAAAGCCCUGAGCAGCAGAGGCGUGUGGGCUGGCUGCCUGAGAGGUACACCUGGCUUUUGGAGGUAGGAAGGUUUGCUCACAGUGAUGGCUUUGGCUUAGGAAUCACCCGACAGAGUGGAGACUGCUUCCCUUCUGGCUGCUGCUGCAGUGCUUGGAGGAUAUGUAGUUUCCUGAAGAAGAAGUCAACUCUCUUGGCCCAGCAGGCAGCAGUUCCCAGUGACCCUGUGUGCUCCUUCUCAUGGGUCAAAAGGCUUGGAUAGAGAAGACCUUUUCUAAAAGAGAAUGCAUCUAUGUAAUUGCCAACAACAAAGACACUAGCAGGUGCUGCUGUGGCCAGCUCAUUACCCAGCAUAUUCCACCUCCUCCAAGUAUAACAGCUAAUAAAAAUGGAGAAGAAACGAAGCAAGUGGAAGCUCAGCCAGAGAAAUGGUCUGUCAGUAAACACACCCAAACAUACCCAACUGAUGCCUAUGGAAACCUUGAAUUCCAGGGAGGAGGACAUUCCAAUAAGGCCAUGUACAUCCGUGUGUCAUACGACACUAAACCAGAUUCUCUGCUGCAUCUCAUGGUGAAAGACUGGCAACUGGAACUGCCCAAACUCUUAAUCUCUGUCCAUGGAGGCCUCCAGAACUUUGAAAUGCAACCUAAAUUAAAGCAAGUAUUUGGAAAAGGUCUGAUAAAGGCUGCCAUGACCACAGGGGCUUGGAUUUUCACUGGUGGUGUUAGUACAGGUGUCAUUCGUCACGUGGGAGAUGCCUUGAAAGAUCAUUCCUCCAAAUCCAGAGGACGAAUAUGUGCCAUAGGAAUUGCACCAUGGGGCAUUGUAGAAAACAAGGAAGAUCUAAUAGGAAAAGAUGUAACACGUGUUUACCAAACCAUGUCAAACCCUCUGAGUAAGCUCUCUGUGCUAAACAGUUCCCACACCCACUUCAUCCUGGCAGACAAUGGUACUUUAGGUAAAUAUGGAGCUGAAGUAAAGUUACGGCGUCAGCUGGAGAAACACAUUUCCCUCCAGAAAAUAAACACACGACUGGGGCAAGGUGUUCCUGUAGUUGGACUCAUAGUGGAAGGGGGUCCCAACGUGAUCUCCAUUGUCUUGGAGUGCCUGCGAGAGGAGCCCCCUCUCCCUGUUGUGAUCUGUGACGGCAGCGGGCGAGCGUCCGACAUCCUGUCCUUUGCACACAAGUAUUCAGAGGAAGGAGGGAUAAUAAAUGAAUCCCUCAGGGACCAGCUUUUAGUUACCAUCCAGAAAACCUUUAACUACAACAGGAAUCAAGCUCAUCAGCUGUUCGUCAUUCUUAUGGAGUGCAUGAAAAAAAAAGAACUUAUCACUGUGUUCCGCAUGGGCUCCGAGGGCCAGCAGGACAUCGAGAUGUCCAUCCUGACUGCUCUCCUCAAAGGUACCAAUGCGUCUGCUCCAGACCAGCUCAGCUUGGCUUUGGCCUGGAAUCGUGUGGACAUUGCACGCAGCCAAAUCUUUGUCUUUGGACACCACUGGCCACCUAUAGGAAGCCUUACAGCUUCUGAUGGUACAGCUCCUGAGAAGGAAAAGAAAUCUCCAGCACCUCAGACUAAAGGAGCGAGAGGGAAAGGAAAAGGAAAGAAAAAAGGAGGAAAAGGAAAAGAAGAGCCAGAAGAAGAAACAGACCCAAGAAAGCUUGAACUCCUCAACUGGGUGAAUUCCCUGGAGCAGGCCAUGCUGGAUGCACUGGUUCUGGAUCGAGUGGACUUUGUGAAACUGCUUAUUGAGAAUGGAGUGAAUAUGCAGCACUUCCUGACUAUUCCUCGCCUGGAGGAACUUUAUAAUACUAGAUUGGGUCCACCAAAUACGCUGCAUUUGCUGGUCAGAGAUGUGAAAAAGGGAAAUCUUCCACCAGAUUAUCAUAUCAGCCUAAUAGAUAUUGGUCUGGUACUUGAAUAUCUCAUGGGUGGAGCUUAUCGCUGCAACUACACCCGGAAAAGUUUUCGGACUCUUUAUAAUAAUUUAUUUGGACCAAAGAGGCCAAAAGCUCUUAAACUACUAGGCAUGGAGGAUGAUGAGCCUCCCACCAAAGGGAAGAAGAAAAAGAAAAAAAAGGAGGAAGAGAUUGAUAUUGAUGUGGAUGACCCCGAAGUGAGCCGCUUUCAGUACCCCUUCCAUGAGCUGAUGGUGUGGGCCGUGCUGAUGAAGCGGCAGAAGAUGGCCCUCUUCCUGUGGCAGAGAGGGGAGGAAUCCAUGGCCAAGGCACUUGUGGCCUGUAAGCUGUACAAGUCUAUGGCCCAUGAGUCUUCUGAGAGUGAGCUGGUGGAUGACAUCUCUCAGGAUCUGGACAACAACUCCAAAGAUUUUGGCCAGCUGGCUGUUGAACUCUUGGAUCAGUCCUAUAAACACGAUGAGCAGAUUGCCAUGAAACUACUGACCUACGAACUGAAAAACUGGAGUAAUUCUACCUGCCUGAAGUUGGCUGUGGCAGCCAAGCACAGGGACUUCAUUGCUCACACGUGCAGCCAGAUGCUCCUGACGGACAUGUGGAUGGGGCGCCUGCGCAUGCGGAAGAACCCCGGCCUGAAGGUUAUAAUGGGGAUUCUCUUCCCUCCCACCAUCCUUUUCCUCGAGUAUCGGAGUUAUGAUGAUUAUUCCUACCAGACAUCAAGAGAAAAUGAGGAAGGCAAAGAAAAGGAGGAGGAAAAUGCGGAUGCAAAUGCAGAUACAGGCUCCCGAAAAGGUGAUGAAGAGAAUGGAAAGAAAAAACAAAAGAGCCUUCCAAUUGGAACAAAGAUCUAUGAAUUCUAUAAUGCACCUAUUGUCAAAUUUUGGUUCUACACAAUAUCAUACCUUGGUUACUUGAUGUUAUUUAAUUAUAUCAUCUUGGUGCGGAUGGAACGGUGGCCAUCAGUCCAGGAAUGGAUUGUCAUCUCCUACAUUGUGACCUUGGCUUUGGAGAAAGUAAGAGAGAUUCUGAUGUCAGAGCCAGGCAAGCUGAGCCAAAAAGUCAAAGUUUGGCUCCAGGAAUACUGGAAUAUUACUGACCUGGUGGCUAUUUCAGUAUUUAUUAUAGGAGCAAUUCUUCGCCUACAGAACCAGCCUUACAUGGGUUAUGGAAGAGUGAUUUACUGCGUAGAUAUCAUUUUCUGGUACAUUAGAGUACUAGAUAUCUUUGGUGUGAACAAAUAUCUGGGACCUUACGUCAUGAUGAUUGGAAAGAUGAUGAUUGACAUGCUCUACUUCGUGGUCAUCAUGCUUGUGGUCCUGAUGAGCUUCGGGGUGGCCCGCCAGGCCAUCCUGCACCCCGACGAGGAGCCCUCCUGGAGGCUGGCCCGGAACAUCUUCUACAUGCCCUACUGGAUGAUCUACGGAGAGGUGUUCGCAGACCAGAUAGACCGUAAGAGUAGAAUUCAUAUCUAUGCCAUGGAAAUUAAUCCUCCUUGUGGGGACAAUCUUUAUGAUGAUGAUGGUAAACGCCUCCCUCCGUGUAUCCCAGGGGCCUGGCUCACUCCUGCCAUCAUGGCCUGUUACCUCUUGGUAGCAAAUAUCCUGUUGGUAAACCUGCUGAUUGCUGUCUUCAACAAUACCUUCUUUGAGGUAAAAUCAAUAUCCAACCAAGUGUGGAAGUUCCAGCGGUACCAGCUGAUCAUGACAUUCCACGACAGGCCUGUCCUGCCUCCACCCAUGAUCAUCUUCAGCCACAUCUACAUCAUCAUCAAGAGAAUCUGCUGUCGCUGCAAGAAGGGGGAUGGAGACCAGGAUGAGCGUGACAGGGGACUGAAGUUAUUUCUGAAUGAUGAAGAGCUAAAAAAACUGUAUGAGUUUGAAGAGGAGUGUGUGGAAGAAUACUUCCAGGACAAAGAGGACGAGCAGCAAUCAUCCAAUGAUGAACGCAUCAGAGUUACCUCUGAAAGAGUUGAAAAUAUGUCUAUGAGGCUGGAAGAAGUGAAUGAGAGAGAGCAUUUUAUGAAAGCUUCUCUGCAAACAGUCGACCUGCGGCUCUCGCAGCUGGAGGAGCUCUCCGGUCGGAUGGUGAAUGCCCUGGAGAAGCUGGCAGGGAUCGACAAGUCCGAGCUGACGUACCCGCGCUCACGGGCCUCGUCCGAGUGUGAUGCUGCUUAUCUGCUGAGGCAGAGCAGUGUCAACAGCUCUGAUGGCUACAGCGUGUACAGGUACCAGGUUGGUGGAGAUGAGCUGACCUUUGAUGACAGUGCCACUCCUAUGUCACCAGCCAUGGGACUGCGGAGAAAAGCCCACUCUAUUGGUGCCAAAGAAGAUGGAGCAGACCCAAAGAUGCUGGUUCCAGAACACCACAGCAGUCCCCAUCACAGCUCUAGUGCUAAUGCAGUCACCACAGCAGAUCACAGUAAAUCUACGUUAGAUAUUGCACAGAGCGAUUCCAGACCCCAUUCUCAGUCAGGUGGCUUGGGGGAUGAAAAGCAGGGGAUUUUCAGUAGCAAUGGAAUGGUUCCUCAAAGUAUAAACCAGAUGGAUGCUGUUACAAACAGUCAGUCAGUAGCAGGAUCAGAUUUUCCAAACACUCAGUUAAAAGUAGAACGUACCAAGUUAGAAGCCACCAUCUCUUAUCCCUUGGAAAAAUCUAAAGCAAUGCGCUAUUUUCCUCCUGAAACUUUCAGUGCUUGUCAAACCACUAUGAUGAAGUCAAGGAGCUUUAUAUUUGCACAAGGUGGGAAGCUGGUUGGAGGAGUUAACAACUGGACCACAGAAUAUAGCACCAUUAUGGAUCAGGUGUGCCCUUCUACGAUUGAACAGUGGGCCACGGAGUGGAAAUAUGAAGUUGAGCAGCAGCUUUCUCAAGAACGUCCUCCAGAAUACCCUGGUCUUGUCUCUGAAGCAGAAAGGCAAGCAGAGGAGAAACAGUUACAGAUGGACACAGAUGAUGAUAGUAAUGCUGGUGAAGCAGGUAUGAGUGCCUCUUACACCCCUAUGCCUGCCACUGUCAAGGCUGAGAAAGAGAAUUUACUGUCAGUAAAGCCAGAAAGGACUUCUGGGCUCCCACCAGUACGUUCAAAGAGUUUGCACAGCCAUUCUCGGAAAGCCAAGUCUGUAAAGGACAAAUUAAAAAGACCAGGACAUGCCAGCAGUGUAACUAAUUUGGUGGGACCGUUUGGCAGUGCAAGAGAAGAACAGAAAACUAGGCAAGAAAAUGCAUCCACAGAAACUGAAUGUUAAUGUGGCUUUUGGCCCCUGUUUUACUGACAGGCAAGAAAUCAGCAUGGCAAAUUGAAUAAAUUACGGAUUUGAAAAUUAA